AUGCGACUUAUUCAUGCCCUGAACAAGCACUGCAAGAGCACGAAAGUAGCCUAUACGUUUGAUGCUGGCCCGAAUUGCUGUUUAUUCUUGGAAUCCAUUAACGUGCCAUUAAUUCUGGCUGCUAUCAAUAAAUAUUGCAAAUUACAGUCUGAUCUUAUAGAGCAGGUAACAGUAUGUUCUGCUGCAUGCGAAUACAAAAAUUUAAAAAAUUUGAUAAAAGAGGAACAAGAAAAUCUGGUGUUAUUCGAAUCUAUGAACGGCGAAGAGAACAAUGAGAUUGAACCGAUGGAAGAUGCUGUCAAGGAUAUUUUUCUUAGUUGUGUAGGCGCUGGACCAGUGAUAGCAGAGAGAAGAUAG